CUCUCGCUCCAAAGCGUUUGUUUCUGUUGUUUGUUGAUUAGCAGAACAGCCUAGGUGCCACUGUGCCUGGAGUCCUGGAGACCCACGCCGACCAUCUUGCAGGCUCCUAGGAGCCGGGAGACUGUCUUCACCGCAGCUGACCAACUUGUGCUAUGGCUAACGAGAAGAAAGAUUUGGACGGAGUGGGAGUGCAGAUAGAGGGCCCGGGCAUGUCGGGUUCAUUCAAGAGAACCGUGGAGAUGCCCCAGUUGCCCAAAUCUCUGUCGUUGGAGGAGAAGAAAUACCUUCUGGCCGUCGAGAGAGGUGAUGCCGCCAACGUCAGGAGGAUGCUCCAGCGCGCCCACCAUCGUCACCACAUCGACAUCAACUGCGCCGACUCACUGGGCCGUUCUGCGCUGAUCCUGGCCAUCGAAGGAGAGAAUCUGGAGAUGGUGGAGUUGCUGGUGGUCCUGGGAGUUGACACCAAGGACGCUCUGCUCCACGCGAUCAACUCGGAGUUCGUGGAGGCGGUGGAGUUGCUUCUGGAACACGAGGAGAUCGUACAUAAGGAGGGGAACCCUUACAGCUGGGAGAAGGUUGACUGGAACACAGCCACGUUUACACCAGACAUCACUCCGCUGAUUUUGGCAGCUCAUAAGAACAACUACGAGAUCAUCAAAAUCCUCCUGGACCGAGGAGCGACCCUGCCUAUGCCCCACGAUGUCAGAUGCGGGUGCGAGAAGUGUAUCCGAGAGUCUGAAGAAGACCCUCUUCGCUUUUCCCUCUCGAGAGUCAACGAGUACCGCGCUCUCGCAAGUCCUUCUCUCAUCGCUCUCUCCAGCAACGAUCCUAUCCUGACCGCCUUCCAACUCUCCUGGGAGCUGCGCAGUCUUGCAUUCGCUGAACAGGAGUGCAAACUCCAGUACAUGGAACUUCGACGUCAAGUUCAGCAGUUCGCUGUAGAUCUGCUCCACCAGUCUCGCAGUUCGCAGGAGCUCGCUGUCAUCCUCAACCACGAUCCUGAGAGUCCUCCCUACGAGGAUGGAGAUCACAUGAAGCUGGCGAGGCUCGAACUGGCCAUCAACUACAAGCAGAAGAAGUUCGUUGCCCACCCCAACAUCCAGCAGCUCCUGGCCGCCCUCUGGUACGACGGUCUGCCCGGGUUCCGCAGAAUGCCUCUGGUGAAGAAACUCUACGAGAUCUGCCAAGUGGCGCUCCUCUUCCCCUUCUAUUGCACCCUGUACAUGAUCGCUCCCAACACUGAGAAGGGGAAACUCAUGAGAAAACCUUUCAUGAAGUUUCUCAUCCACGCCUCUUCCUAUUUGUUCUUUUUGUUGAUCCUGAUCCUGGUAUCCCAACGGGCCGAAGUUCUCGUCAUCCAAAUCUUAGGCACGGACGCUAUGAAACAACAACUGCAAGAGGAGUUGAUGCGGCAACGAGGCAACGGACCAUCCUUGCUGGAGGGGAUCGUAUUCGUCUAUGUGUUAGGUUUCAUAUGGGAGGAGACGAUGGAGAUCUACCUCGAAGGCAUCCAGGAGUACCUCAGGAACAUGUGGAACUUCAUAGACUUCAGCCGCAACUCCCUAUACGUCGCCGUGUUCAUGCUGCGCGCGGCCGCCUACUAUCAACAGAGCAUUGAAAUCUCUGAAGAUCCCGCCACGGCGUACAUUCCGCGGGAACAGUGGGACGCUUUUGACCCACAGCUGAUCGCUGAAGGACUUUUCGCUGCAGCUAACGUCCUCAGUGCCCUGAAGUUGGUCCACAUGUUUUCGAUAAACCCUCAUCUUGGACCUCUCCAGAUCUCUCUUGGCCGGAUGGUCAUCGACAUCGUCAAGUUCUUCUUCAUCUACUCUUUGGUGCUUUUCGCCUUUGCUUGUGGUUUGAACCAGCUGCUCUGGUACUUUGCCGAGCUUGAGAGGAGAAAAUGCUACUCUCUGCCGGGAGAGAUGGCUGACUGGGACAACCACGGUGAUUCUUGCACCAAAUGGAGGAGUUUUGGGAAUGUGUUCGAGGCGUCCCAGUCGCUGUUCUGGGCCAGUUUCGGCAUGGUCGGUCUCGACUCCUUCGACCUGAUGGGUAUCAAGACCUACACAAGGUUCUGGGGCCUCCUCAUGUUCGGAAGCUACUCUGUCAUCAACGUCAUCGUCUUGCUGAAUCUGCUGAUCGCCAUGAUGUCCAACUCAUACGCCUUGAUCGAGCAACACUCUGACACCGAGUGGAAGUUUGCGAGAACCAAGCUUUGGAUGAGUUACUUCGAGGAGAGCGCUACAUUGCCGCCUCCCUUCAACAUCUUCCCAACACCCAAGAUGAUUCUGAAGCUGCUGGGCAUCCGGAAGAAAGACAAACUUAGAAGAAUCUGCAGCAAGAAACGAGCAAAGCAGGAGAAGGAGCGAGACUUCCGCUACAACGCCGUCAUCAGGUCGCUCAUCUGGAGGUAUGUGUCUGCGAUGCAUCGUCAGGCUGAUGAUAGUCCGGUCACUGAUGAUGACAUCAACGAAGUCAAGGGAGAAAUCACUGCGAUGAGAUACGAACUGCUGGAGGUCCUGGAGAGGAACGGCAUGGACGUGUCUUCUGCUGACAAGAAGAAAGACACCACGUUGGCUCGCAAGGCCAAGGUCUGGGAGCGUCGUCUCAUGAAGGACUUCCACCUCACCCCCGUGGCUGGAGAAGACGACCUGGAGACGCUGAUGAACCAACCUGUACCAGAGAACGAGGAUGUCCUCGCGAGGUUCCGCAGAGUCGCCCGACUUGCUGUCCUGUCUUCCACGCAGCAGAAAUGGAACCAAGUGGUCACCAGUGCUUGCGCGGCGUCUCAGAUCGGACGCUGCAACAACCGCAUGUCCCUCCGCAACCAGCAGAACCUCCAGAAGGCCAUGGAAGAGGCGAGGAAGCUUGUGCAGAAGAUGCCGGGGUCUCCCCGAGGACACUCUCCGUCGCCCAUCCAUCUACCGGAGACUACAGGGUCGACGAUCGUGGAGCUCCUUAAUGACAUCAAGGAAGAGACCAAGGACCUUAGGACACCCACGGGGACCAUGGGUCAUGGUCCUGGAGGCGGCCAAAUUGGUAAAGGAUCUUGUGGUGGAAUGUAUCUUGCCGUCAAUCAAACAUCAAGGAAUACUUCAAGGAAUAUUACUCCCAACAACACGAUAGUUCCAGCCGAGAAACAACUGAGUGCAACGAAACCCGAGAGCGACAAGAGGGAUGCCAAGAGAGAUUCGUCUUCCGAAAGAGACCCAAGUCCUCUGAUCUGCCAAAGAAAGCUAGGAGUCGGCGAGGCUCCUCCCAAGGUUUUCAAGAAGAAACCUCCACCUCCCAUCCAAGACCAGGAAGAGAGGAAAGCAGAAGAACCUAAGAAACCUGCGGAACAAAGAGCCGUUCCAAGACAUCAUUGUAUCGACACUGAUAAACUAGAACCUAGAGCGCCUGGUCAAGUAUCUUUCGCUCAAGAAAGGCAACCGUCAAAAUCCGAGAUUGUUAGGAAACCUGAAGGACAAAAGCCAAGGGAAGGUCCGAAACCUGGAGACGCUAUUCCGAGACCUCAAGUUAAACAGUCUGGGGAAGACGUUCCCAAGAGACCUCCGGGAGCUGUACCAUCAACUUCUGCAGGUGGAAAAUCUGCGAUGGCACCUCAGCCGAUGGCCAAACCUUCUGGUCAUCCAGGAUCUUCGAAUAAUCCAGGACCGUUAAAUCUGCAAGGACCUUCAAAUGCUCCGGGAUCAGCAAGUCUUCAAGGCUCAUCACAUCUUCAAGGAUCAAAUACUCAAGGAUCCUCUAAUGUUCCUUCUACAUCUUCACAGGCUAACUUCAAACCCUCCCAACCUUCAAACGCCCCACAAUCUAAACCUCCAGCUUCUUCUCACCCACCAACUCGACACAUCAUCCCUAAGUUAGAACUCUCCUUGGCAACCAACAGUACCAAUGACGACUCCCCAACUAUGCCGAGUACCUCCUCCAGCACGGAACAGCUGAUCACGGCAAGCCCGGAGACCCUGAGGCCCGUCAACCGAAUCGAAGAUGUCAGUACCAUCAAGAGAGAGAAGAAGGGAAAUUGGUUGUGAAAAGUUUGCGAACUUGCGAUCGUGUUUUGUUAAGACUUGAUUUGGUACGAUUGACAUUUAAUGCUGGAGUAGAUUUUUAAGUUGGUAUGAUUGUGUCUCCUUGGGUAUGAGCUACAUUGUUUUGUGGGGUUUAAGUUUGGGUAUUUAUUGCUCAAUUUUCUUGCUGGCUAUUUUCAAAUUCUUUUGGCGUGGUGGGAGGUGUAAAUUAAUCCAAGCAAACAUUUGUAGACGGAAAAAAAGAAAAAUAUUUAAUUUGAUGAUGAUGAAUGGUGUUAUGAUCAUGAAGCAACUCUUUCUCUAUUGUUUGACGAAACCCAGCUCACACAAAAUAGACACAAUUGUAUCAACGAAAAAUUCAUAUCCGCUUCAGUGUUCUUUGUCAAAGUCAGUACCACAAUUGACGAAUCAAUGUUGUUAUUUUAUUUGCAAAAUAGAAUUACUUUCAUGUUACGUUAUUAGCAGUAAUUACAAUGCUUUAGUUGGAUAUCCAGCAUAAAAUUAUCGACGGGAUGUGAUAAUAUGAAAUAUUAUAUCAAUUAUUCAAUGUAUUCAAGAUUAUUUUCAUAAUCAGCAUUAUUAUUAUUACAUGUAUUAAACAAUGCUAACUUUUAUCAUGUUUAAAAGCUAGUUUUAGUUUUACUAUUAAAAUACAGAACUGUUUAUGUUUCGUUUUGUGUUGUAAAAUUUUAUUUCGACAAAGAUGUAUUUAUGUAAUUUAGACAAUACAGUUUCUUU